UCAUGUGCAGUACCUCUCCUAAGCCACGAUUUAUGUCUGCACUCACAAAUGACUGUAAACCACAUUUACCAUUUCUUUAUCUAUCCUUAAUGGGCAAGACAUUUGAUAAAAGCUGCCAUCAAACGAUGUCCGUCUAGUAAGUAACCAACUGUGUUAUAACCAACAAUGAAAAUUAUAGUGUUUGUAGUACUAACUUUGUUCAUCGCCAAUAUUCAAACUGCACCUAUUGGUGGUUUGUACCUCCCUGACGAUGACGUAGAAAUUCUCAACGGCAACAACUUCAAGAAAUUCGUUGAAAAUUCAACAAAUGCGUGGACAAUAGAAUUUUAUGCCAGCUGGUGCGGAUAUUGCCAGAGAUUCGCUCCAUCAUGGAAAGAAUUCGCAACGGAAGCUGCUUCAUGGAGAGACAUAGUUAGAAUAGGAGUGGUGGAGUGUUCAGAUGAGCAAAACAUAAACCUUUGUCGAGAUUUUGGAAUCACUAAGUACCCAACGGUGAGGUAUUUCCACGAAAAUUACCACACAGGCCUUAAUCAUUCUGGAGUAAUUGUACCUCACGCAAGUGUGUAUAGUUUGGAAGACAACAAGAAGAGCGCCAUUGAAACAUUUAUUGCUGAACAAUACCAAGGUCGCGGACAGAUUUACCCACACUUGUUACCCUACGGUUAUCCAGACUUAAAAGACCUUUUUAGCAAUGCGAGUCAAAAAGCUAAGUUUGCUUUUCUCGUAUUUGAAGAAAAUAGUUACUUAGGAGGUGAAGUAGCUAUGGAUUUACACAGAACAUCCGAAAUUGCUGUCACCUACUCACUUCAAAACAACACGGAACUAAUCAACAACUUGAAAGUCGAAACUUUUCCUUCGUUGUAUGCCGUGGACCGAAGCAAUAACGCGAAAAUUUUCACGGAAGGGAUUAAAACGAGGACUGAGUUGAAAGAAACGAUUGGUACUUUCCUGAAAGACAAAGGUAUUAAGUUAAUUGAAAUUGUACCUUCUAAGCUUCAGAAUUCUUCUGUUGACCCGGAUCCGAAUCAGCGCUCCAGAACGAUCUUACGUCAGUACGUGAAAAAAAUGGGAGAUGUAGUUUUCCAGAGAGACUUGGAAGCUGCUUUGAGGUACUCUCUUCAACAAGAAGUUUCAACUAUACAACUAAUCAAAGACGAACAACUGCAAGCUCUUAACGCUUACGUGAAAGUCAUAAAGAAAUAUUUCCCGUUCGGUUACAACGGUUCUUCUCUUAUUGACAAACUGGCAAAUUUAACAUCAACUUCUACAGAAAUAGAAGGCCCCCAGAUUCAACUUUUGGUACAAAAAGCAGAAGAAAAUCGAGAGUUUUCUUCACCUCAGAGGUUCAUAGGUUGUCUUGGCAGUUCUUCGAGAUACAGAGGUUACCCCUGCAGUUUAUGGCGCUUAUUCCAUUUCUUAACAGUCAACUCUCUUUUGUACAACGUUAACAACAAGAAGGCCAAUCCGAGGGAAGUAUUAGAUGCUAUGCACGGUUACGUAAAGAACUUCUUCAGUUGCCAACACUGCAGCCAGCAUUUCCAAAAGAUGGCCGCCGAAAGAAAUUUGGGAAGUGUUGCCUCUCUAGAAGAGUCUGUUUUCUGGCUUUGGGAGGCACACAAUGUUGUUAACGCGCGUUUGAGUGGAGAUGAGACCGAAGAUCCUGAGUAUCCGAAGGAACAAUUUCCGACCAAACUUAGGUGUAGGGAAUGUUAUGGGGAAGAUGGGUCCUGGAUAAGAAGUGAAGUAUUGAAAUAUUUGAAAAGGAUGUAUGGCAAUUACAACGUGCGAUACAUUGGAUCUGACACGAACGUCCUAUUUCCUGGUUUAGACUAACUGGUUUUAAUUUUUGGCAAAUCCUUUUGUGAAUUUUUAAAUUGCGGAAAAUAGAAGCUCUUAUCACGGAAUGUGAUGGGGACAAGAAACAAACAAUUCAGCACUUUGUAAUCACUUUGAUUCAACAAAUACUCUUAUUUACUAGUGUAUAAAUAACAAUUCUGACAUUGUGAUUAUCUCAAAGAUAAACAAAA